AAGUAGCUACCUUACGAAGCUGUCAACAAUUUGAAAUUUACCUUCAAAUUUAACCGUGAUCUAACCUAAAAAAGGCUAUAGGUCAAUGACUAAACACUGUUAAGUAUUAGGAGAAGAAGAUAAUUUUUUGAAAAUUUUUUCAAGAUCAUAAUGGAAUAUAAUUUUAACAAAAGCGACGAUUUUAUUUAUAACAAUAAGAAUGUUAAUAGUUUAAAAAGAGAACAUAAUUCUGAUGAAUCUUUUUCACCUGAAAAAAAAUUAAAAUCCACAAAAAACGAAAGCCCCUCAUUUUUUCCUUUGGAGAUUAAAGAGGAAAUUUUAAGUAGUGAUGAAAAAAAGAAGAAGAAGAAAGAAGAACUCGAUUUUGGUUCGGUAGAUGUGACUAUUCCAUCUAAAAAAUCCAAGAAGAAAAACCAUACUUUCGGAGAACACAAGAAAAGUAGAGUCAAAUCAGAACUCUCAACCGACUUAUUUGAAAAUAAUAAGAAAAAGAAGAAAAAAGAACAUAAUACAUUAUUUGUAACAACCUCUUCUGAAGAACAUUCAGCUGAUGAAAAACUUAAAGAUAAGAAGAAAAAGGAAAAAGGGUAUGAUGAGCCUUUAGAGAUUAAACAGGAAAUUCUAAGUAGUGGUGAGAAAAAGAAGAAGAAGAAAGAAGAAUUCGAUUUUGGUUUGGAAGGUGAGACUACUCAAUCUAAAAAAUCCAAGAAUAAAAAACAUGCGUUUGGUGAACACAAGAAAAGUAGUGACAAAUCACAACUCUCAACCGACUUAUUUGAAAAUAAGAAGAAGAAGAAAGAACAUAAUACACUAUUUGUAACCUCUUUUGAAGAACAUUCAGCUGAUGAAAAAUUUAAAAAUAAGAAGAAAAAGGAAAAUGGGUUUGAUGAGCCUUUAGAAGAGUGUACAAAAAAUCACAAGAAAAAACUUAAGAAGAAAAAAGAAGUUUAUGAUGUAGAGAUGGAGGAAACGGAGAAAGUCUCUACUGAUAAAAUUACCAAAGAGUGUUUUACUGAAAGUACUGAAGAAGAAGAGCCUAAAAAGAAAAAGAAGAAAAAACGGCAUUGCGUUGAUAGUGAAAUGUCAACUGAUUAUUCUAUUAUUAAUGAAAAUUUAAAUGAUACGGAAAUUUUAACACCUGAAAAAGUUAAACAUAAAAAGAAAAAGCAUUCAAGUAAUGAAACUAGUGACAUUAUUACAGAAACUGAAGUUCACAAGAAGAAGAAGAAGAAACACAAACAUGAUAAAAAACAUAAAUAUGACGCACUACCAAUUGAAAUUUGUCAAACUAAAAGUGAUUCUUUGGAAAAUGUAGUUAGGAAUUCAAAGAAAUUAGAUAAGAAAUCAGAGAAGCUUUCGGAGGAAAUUCCUGAAACAACUGCGCUUUCUCAAAAAUCGCAUAAAAAAUUAAAAAAUUCCGAACUUAAUGUUUCUGAUAGCGCUGUUAAAAAUUCAGAAGAUGAGGAUCCCAAACCCAAAAAAGCGAAAGCUCAAGGUACAGAUGUGAAGACUGAAAAUACAUCUUUAGAUAAUUCACUGCUAAACGAUUCUAAAGAUUUGGAAAAAUUGGUUAAGGACUCUGAAAGGAAAAAAGUUACGUCUGAGUCGAGAAAUUUUGAAGAACUUCAUAAUGGAUUAGAAAAUUCUCAGAAAGCGCAGGAAAGUCUUAAAAAUGACUCAUCUGAUUCCGCAUUUGAAGUUUCUGAUAAUGGGGUUGAGGGUUUUAAAAGUAAAAGAUCUAAACGCAAAAGGAAGAAAUCCACAUUUAACGCUAAAAUAGAAACACUUAUUUCAGAAAAUAUAUUUAGUACUGAUGACUCUGAAGAAAAACCUGAAACAAGUGGGUUGUCUUUACAAAACCGUGAAUCUGUUGUCAUCACUCCAGAUUUGUUUUUUGAUAUUGUGGAAAAUGAUAAAAAUGAAUUGAGCUACGAAGAACGUCAGAGAUUGAAAAAUUUCAAUGUGCUUUUGCCAUGGCCAGUUCAUCCGCUACACCGUAUAGAAACUCGGGUAGCUAAAGGCCCAUCCCAGAAGCAGUGGAAGGAAAUUAACGCCUUGAAAAUCAAAAUAAAACACGGAAUUUUUAAUAAAUCAGAAGACGAGAUUAUUAGGAGAAAUUGGGAAGAGUUUUGUAAACUCCACGACACGCUCACAAACCCUAAAUAUUUUUUACGUUGUAAAACUUCAGAAGGGAAAUUUCUUAUGCCUAUAAAAGAAAAAGUAAGAUUUGUUCAAUUUUUAGCACACGGUCUACCGAAUCGUUUAUUGCAUACUGUGUACAUGAGGUUUCAGAGAAUAUUUUUUCCGAAAGAGCUCAAAACUGGAAGGUUUACGCCAGAAGAAGAUAAUACUAUUUUGGAAUAUUUAAAGACAUCCAGAUCGCAAACACCAUACGCGGAUUUAGCGAAAAUUUUAAAUCGGGACAACUUCGCGAUUGAGAAAAGACACAGAAAAUUAAAAUUUACCCUUGAAGGCAAUUUUAGGGUCAAAUGGGAUACCGAACAGAUAGCGAAAUUUAUGCAACAUUUUGUUGAUGUUACAAAAGUCGACAGUGUUGAAGAUUUGGAAUAUAGGAAUAUCACUUCUGAGGAGUGGAAGGAAAUGUCUGCAAGGUUAAACAUACCAACUAUAAGGUUGCGACCUGCAUGGCUUAUUAAAAUACACCCUCGCAUUUUUAUCAAUCGCAGUGUUCAUUCGAACCUUAUUAAGAAGCUUUUAGUUGACGUAUUGAUUGAAAAGGGGGAAAGUGAUUGGAGAGACGUUAAUUGGCAAGAAAUUGCUGAAGAAUUUGGCGGUUUCACUGGCUUAGCGUUGAAUAAAAUGAUGAGGGAAAUUGUUAGAACUCAUGUUCCUGUAGAUAAACAAAGUGAUUUAGGAGAAUGUUUAAAGUGCUUGGCGAAUGAAAACUUUCCAGUGGGGCGCAAAAUACGAAAAAUAGAUGUUGUGGACGCUAGAAAUUAAAUAAAACUUAAUAUUUCUAUUGAA